UCGCCCUUUCAUUUCAUGCUCGGUCCUGCUGUUUCCUCCCAUGGGGAACCAGAGUCUCUGUUCUGGGGCAGAAUUUGCCCCAGAUGCCUUAAAUGCAAGGGCUGUAUUAGAGUUUACCUUCUGGUUGGGGCUGGGGCUGCAAUCGAGUUUGGGUCCAGGUUCUGGUUGGGGCUGGGCUACAAAGCAGCCGUAAGUCGCCAACUAGAAGGACUCAUAAAAGUUUCUCCCAUGACUCCUGCCCCUUCCAGAUGCCCUCUGUGCCCCGGCUCAUUCACUACAGCUGAGAGGGCUGUUCCCACGAGGAGCUGGUCAGGGUGCCUUUGCUCCGCCCUCUGGUAACUAUAGUAUCGAUCCUCAUGAGUAGCAUUCUGCUGUUGAACAGCACUCGAAAGUACUAUAUCUCAGCUGACCCUCACAAGUGCUUAGGGAUGAGAUGGUGAGGCCCAUUGUACUGAUGAGGAAACUGCACCAAAGCCAUCUCUGCACCUUGGUCUGGGAUUCUGCUUGUGUCCGUUCUUCUGUAUUGAUAUGGGAUGAUAGGUCAAGACUGGCCUCAGCUCCCGAGGUACCGAACUGGGUAUCUGUUCCCAUGGUGCCCUGCUAUACACACCCCUUGUCCUGACUUUAGAGCCCCAAGGCACUUGAGCCUCCUAGAGGGAGGAGAGGGGAGCGGCUCACGGGUUAGGGCACUGAGUCAAAUCUGGCUAGGUGGGGAAGAAGACCAAAACAAAAGAGAGAGUGACAAGGUACUUUUCUGGUUCCCUGGGAAAUGUUCACACACAUCCGGUCCCUUAGGGCCCUGCCCCUUCCCAUGUUCAUGGUGAUACAUACAGCCCCUCAACAAAGCCCUUUGGCUGACCUGCCUGCCUGGGAUUUUGAUUUUUACUUGUGUGUCCUUUGCGGGUGUUAGAGGUGGGGACAGACCCUCUGCCAGGUCAGGGGUUUGGAGCUAGACAGGGAAAGGUCACUGUGGGUGUGGAGAGCUCCCUGCCAGGUCCUGGAGUCUCAGUCCCCAUUCCCUGCCUGAUGCAUCACCAAGUUCAGCCUCUCCUCUAGUCGGUUUCCAUGUGUCUUCUUGCCAACCCUGUUUUCACUGUCUUCUCUUCAGUGGCCUAUGGGCAGAGCAAGGACAACAGCAGGAUGGAGGGAAGAGACCCCAAGAAAUGGCCCCAACCUUCCUAAAGAACUUUCAGGAGAGCCUCCCAGAGAUGUCUGACCUCCUCUUUGCCUUAGGGUUCCCUCAGUGGCAUCCCUGGUGUUCCUCCAGUGCCAGGGUGGAGUUGGGAUACACACAGGGCAGAUGCCUGGAGCCGGUCGGUCAGGAUUUCUGGGAAGAAUUCCAAGUUGGAGAAUCCUGGACUCCAGCUGACCAGCCACCCCUCUCUGAGAGAAAAGGGGUAGUCUGCAGCCUGGGGAGAGGGCCUCACUUCCCACCUGAGCCUCAGAGCGAGGGCCCAAACAUUCCCCAAGCUCCCAGGCUGGGGGCAGAAAACAAGAAAUUGCUCCUACUCUGACCCUCACUCCCCACCCCAUCCCCCCACCCCUGCCAAUCCCAAAAUUGUAGGGACACAGGAAGCUGGGGGCAGUUCAUUCAUGCCAAGGGUUGUGAAGCAGCUGGAGGAAGAAGGAAGGACAGAUGGGUGGGGGGGAUCAGAGGAUCUGGUAGAGCCGGCAGGUCAGGGGCUGGCUGGUGGAGCCAGUCUGAGGGCCUGGCUGCUGAUGUCACCAGUCUGCAGCUUCGGAUCCCAGGACCUCCCUGGGCAGGACCAGGCCCAUGGGCAGUUUCACAGGGCUGAGCCUGGCCCAGGCUGUACCAGACCCUGGCAGAGGCAGAGGGACCUGGGGUCUUAUGGGAGCAGAGGCAGGCAAUGUGAGCUUGGGAACAGGGGGCCCGCUGCCUAGGGGCUUGGGUGAAGGGACAUUCUGCCCCACAGCUGUGGGGUCUUCUCACCCAGGAGAGGGGGCCCCUUGUGCACCGGUCUGGCAGGAACCAGCCUGGAGUGGGGUCUGUCCGUGGGGGCAGUCUCACAAGGCCUUCCACUUUCACCACAGCUUUGAAUCCUGACAGACCCCGGCCCCGCCCCGCUUUGGCUCAUUUCCACAGUUCCUCGAAAGGGGAAAGGGGAUGCGGCCAGGUCUCCUUUCCCGCCCCUACCUCUGGAGACAGCCCCCAGAGGCCGGGCCUCUUCCGCAGAGUGAGGGGAUGAAGCAAUCAGGCUUCCCCUUCCCUGCAGCUUGGCUCCGCCCUCCCCCCUCAUAAACCACUUACCUGCCCGUCCCACACCUUCCACUCGUGCCUCCUCGACCGUCCUGGGUCCCAGCAGUCCCAACCUGUCCCAGCCCGGCUGCCGGACUCAGCCCUGCUGUCGCCACCACCGCCGCCAGGCAUGAUGGACGGUCCUCGUUCAGAUGUGGGCCGCUGGGGCGGGAACCCUUGGCAGCCCCCCACCACACCUUCCCCAGAGCCAGAGCCGGAGCCGGAGCCGGAGAGACGAUCUCGUCGAGGAGGCCGUUCCUUCUGGGCUCGCUGCUGCGGCUGCUGCUCAUGCCGAAAUGAAACAGAUGCUGACUGGGGACCUGAGCCCCAUGGAGACCGAGGGUCUGGCAGGGGUCGAGGGUCCAGCUCUGGGGGUCGAAGACCAGACUCCCGGGGCUCAGAUUCCCGCCGGCCUGGCUCCCGGGCCAGUGGUGUGAACGCAGCUGGAGACGGCACCAUCAGAGAGGGCAUGCUGGUGGUGACCGGUGUGGAUCUGCUGAGUUCACGCUCGGACCAGAAUCGCCGAGAGCACCACACAGAUGAGUUUGAGUACGACGAGCUGAUUUUACGCCGUGGGCAGCCUUUCGACAUGGUCCUCCACCUCUCUCGGCCCUAUGAGUCCUCUGAUCAUGUUGCCCUGGAGCUGCUUAUCGGAAACAGCCCCGAGGUGGGGAAGGGCACGCACGUGAUCAUCCCAGUGGGGAAGGGGGGCAGCGGAGGCUGGAAAGCCCAGGUGACCAAGGCCAGUGGGCAGAAUCUGGACCUACGUGUCCACACCUCCCCCAACGCCAUCAUCGGCAAGUUUCAAUUCACGGUCCGCACACGUUCAGAGGCUGGCGAGUUCCUGUUGCCUUUUGACCCCCACAACGAGAUCUACAUCCUCUUCAAUCCAUGGUGUCCAGAGGACAUCGUGUACGUGGAGCAUGAGGAUUGGCGACAGGAGUACGUGCUUAAUGAAUCCGGGAGAAUUUACUAUGGGACUGAAGCACAGAUUGGCGAGCGGACCUGGAACUAUGGGCAGUUUGACCAUGGAGUGCUGGAUGCCUGCCUGUACAUCCUAGACAGGCGGGGCAUGCCAUAUGGAGGCCGCGGGGACCCGGUCAGUGUCUCCCGGGUCAUCUCUGCCAUGGUGAACUCCUUGGAUGACAAUGGGGUCCUGAUUGGAAACUGGUCUGGUGAUUACUCCCGAGGCACCAACCCAUCAGCUUGGGUGGGCAGUGUGGAGAUCCUACUCAGCUACCUACGCACCGGCUAUUCCGUCCCCUAUGGCCAGUGCUGGGUCUUCGCCGGUGUGACCACAACAGUGCUGCGUUGCUUGGGCCUGGCUACCCGCACUGUCACCAAUUUCAACUCGGCACAUGACACAGACACAUCCCUCACCAUGGACAUCUACUUUGACGAGAAUAUGAAGCCUCUCGAGCACCUGAACCAUGAUUCUGUUUGGAACUUCCACGUGUGGAACGACUGCUGGAUGAAGAGGCCAGAUCUGCCCUCUGGCUUUGGUGGGUGGCAGGUGGUGGAUGCCACACCCCAGGAAACCAGCAGCGGCAUCUUCUGCUGCGGCCCCUGCUCUGUGGAGUCCAUCAAGAAUGGCCUGGUAUACAUGAAAUACGACACGCCCUUCAUUUUUGCUGAGGUCAACAGUGACAAAGUUUACUGGCAGCGACAGGAUGAUGGUAGCUUUAAGAUCGUGUAUGUGGAAGAGAAGGCCAUUGGUACGCUCAUCAUAACAAAGGCCAUUGGAUCCAACAUGCGAGAUGAUGUCACCCACAUUUAUAAACACCCAGAAGGCUCAGAAGCAGAGCGGAAGGCAGUGGAGACAGCAGCCGCCCACGGCAGCAAACCCAACGUGUACUCCACGCGUGACUCAGCAGAGGAUGUGGCGAUGCAGGUGGAGGCACAGGACGCGGUGAUGGGGCAGGACCUGACCGUCUGCGUGGUGCUGACCAAUCGCAGCAGCAGCCGCCGCACCGUGAAGCUGCACCUCUACCUCUCGGUCACCUUCUACACCGGUGUCACCGGGUCUGUCUUCAAGGAGAGCAAGAAAGAAGUGGUGCUGGCGCCAGGGGCCUCGGACCGCGUGUCCAUGCCUGUGGCCUACAAGGAAUACCGGCCCCACCUGGUAGAUCAGGGGUCCAUGCUGCUCAACGUCUCGGGCCACGUCAAGGAGAACGGGCAGGUGCUGGCCAAGCAGCACACCUUCCGUCUGCGCACCCCUGACCUUUCCCUCACCUUGUUGGGGGCAGCCGUGGUUGGUCAGGAGUGCGAAGUACAGAUUGUCUUCAAGAACCCGCUGCCUAUAACCCUCACCAAUGUCGUCUUCCGGCUUGAGGGCUCCGGGCUACAGAGACCCAAGAUCCUCAAUGUGGGAUGGCUGUUGUCACUCACCGCCAAGCCAGUCACCAGGGGAGACUGAAGUCUAUUCCAAACCCUUCUGGGGAAUUUGCUCCACAGCCUGAAUCAUAUUCUCUAGAAUGUCCUUAAGGGUGGCCUUCUGGGGUAGACUUGACUUUGGAGAAACAGCCUGAAGCCAUUCAAAGCUAAGACUAAUUAAAAAGGUAGGUGGAAAAGGUGGGUAGUGUGCCCUUUUCCAUCAGAAAUGAGGUUCGGCUGUGAGGGAGGAACAGGAUGCACCCGGCGCGUGUCAGGGAGAGGGAGAGAGAGACAGAUGUGGUGUACGUGUGGUUUUCCGUGGCUCUGAAGACAAAUCUGAGAGGAGUUUUUAAAUUCGUUUCAAGGCUUGAUAACGUGAUUGAACCAAUCCAUAAGUGAAGCACGAUGCUCAUUUGGAUGUCUAAUUUCUGGUGUCCUUGUCAGAGAGCCGGUUUCAUUACCUGCACUGUUUCAGGCCCAUUCCAGCUGUAGCAGCUGAUGCGCUCAACUUCAACCAGCAGACCUGGGUGUGUCAGGUCUUGCCUGACACUGAGGCCGGGGCUGGGAGAGAUCUUGACAUUCCUAGCUGGAAGCUGAAAAGCAAUUUCUCUUAGAAAUAACGUUUACAAGUAAAGGCUGUAUUCCAAUCUAGUACAGUUCAAUUCUAGUAUGAAUUAAGUACAGUGUUGAAGGCUGACCUGAGCCUAAACAGCUUGAAGUUUGUAUCUCUGGAAAAAUGGGCAUGAGUUAAAAAUGCGAAUUUGUAACCGGCCACAGUAUAGCCUACCUGUUAAGUUAUAGACUUAAUGUCUAGUUAUAUAUUAUAAUAAGUCUAGAAAUUAGGUCUGUAACUUAAUGGGGAGACCAUCUAUAUCUCCCUGCCUUCCACUUAUUCCCUCCUUUGUGGAGCUUAGAGUCACCUUCAAGGCCAUCUGAUUCCACCCCCUCAUUUUAUAUUCAUUCCCAUUUUACAGACCAAAAAGUGAGAGUCAGAAGUUUAAUAAUUUGUCCUAAACCACACAGCUAACAGCGGUAGAAGAAAGAGUCCAAUGUGGUCCAGGGCAGCCCUUUGGAAGCAGGCUCCAAGCUAAAUGUUUUGCCCCAAGGAGAGCCCAUCUUUGAAGUUGGGGUGUUGGCUCUUUCCCUUAGAAGACUGAGAUGUCUGCACAAAGUCCGGCUCCAGAGUGGAUCCCCCAAGGCAGGCUUGGAUUGAAGAGGGGGCCAGAGGCAAGGGUUCAGGCAGAGGCAGGAAAGGACAGAUGCUAACAGGCACAAGCAGGUGUGAUAGAAAUGCAAUCGUGUUCAGUGUAUACAGUGCACAGGCCGAUUACUGCAGGAGCUCAGAGCAGGACAAUGUUCACUUCCCUGAGGGCAGGAGGUGCUCAAGGGGUGGUGUGAGCUGGGCCUGGAGCCAGCCCAGGAGCAAAGCAUGAAAACAGAGGUGAGUUCGGGGAGGGGAAGGAGCUCAUUGUUGGGGCUGGUGGGCAGGAGGAAUGGUGGGGGAUGAUGAGGCCUUGCAGGCGGGGCUGAGUCAGAGUGAGCCUGUGUGUCGGGUUAGGGAGCUGCCGUCUCAUCCCAGAAGCACCGAGGAAGCCAAACCCUUGACGGAUUCAGUUCACCUCCAAGUGACUAGAAACUAGAGUGGGAAAAUAAGAUAGGACAUUAGGAGGCAAGGAGGCCAGUUGGAAGGCUAGUGAAAUUGUGAUUCCCAGAGGGAGGGUCUGGGACUAAAUUUCCAGAGGUCCAUGGAGAAGGGGGGAAAUGAAGACACCAUAGUAUGUAUGUGUGCACAUGUACACAUGUAUCUCUCUCUCUCUCUCUCUCACACACACACACACACACACACACACACACAGUUGUCCCUUUAAAGAUGCCAAUUGUCUAUUCUUGGGAAGGACUUUCCUUUUUCUCUGAGAUAACAUCUUUCCAGUGUUUGGAGGUAUUAAAGAUGCUCCUUCCUCUUUGGUAAGAUGAUUAUAUUGCAGAGGCUGAUUAAUUAUCUUCCACUUUCUUUCUCGGCAAAACUGAAAUUAUUUGGCAACACUGCGUUGAGCCCCGAAGUCUCAUUUUAAAGUUUCCUUGGUCCUGGAACCCCCAGAUGAGAUGGGGUGGCUGGUCUGGUUAGGGCAGGAGCAUUGGCGAUGGAGAGGUGGGGGACACAACAUGCAGCCUUUGUCCAGGUGUUUGUGGGGGUGGGGAAGGGAUGGAUCCCUGGAUGACAGAUGAUGGGAAGAUUUCCAGCUCAGGCAGCUCGGUGGGUGGCCACUGACCUGGCUAUGCAGAGGCGAGGGCAAGGAGGCCUUGGGGGCUCCGGCUUCGUCCUGGCCGCUGGUGUGGAGAUUCCAGCUGAGUCCAGAAAUGCCCAAAGGGCUCCACCUUCUGCUCCUUCCUUCCUGGCAGCCCCAUCAGUCCUUCCUCCCCACUCCACCCCCAGUCACCCAGGUCCAUGACUCUAUCUUUGC